AGAGAGAGGCAUCUUAAAGCUGGAGCCAAAAACAUGGGAGAGGAGCGAACUGACACCUCAGGGCUCAUACGAACGCGUCCCAUCCUCCCCCCAGCCUUCAGUAGACCGUCUGUCUGUAACCUGGGACCCCAGCAUGACUUCAGGGGUCAACCUGUUCCAUCUGCCCGAGGCAACACCUAGUAAUGAAGUUAAAUUUACUCCUGGAGACGGCUCCGAAGAUGAGGACUACUCCAGCAUCAGCGCCGUCCUUCGGCAGCGGCGGUGCAGCGUGCGACGGUCGCGCGUCGGACGGCGCCGGACGUCGUCCCCGUUUCUGCCGGACGAGCCGCGCGCGCGCCGGAGAAGCUCCGCGUUCACUACCAGCUCUGGAGAAACGGCCAUAUCAAUGGAUGAUCAAGGCGCCGUCACUCAGGAAGAGAUUUUCAAGAACAUCCGCAUGCACAAAGAAGUUCUGAGCUCUGUGAAGCAGCAGCCAUUAGAUCUGCGGAGGAAACUCAAGCUUGUCCAUUUGGCAAAACGCUACAUCAAGUGUCACGAAGGGCAACUACAAGAACGUCUAGCGCAGUCCAAGAGCACUAGAGACAUCUACGCGAGGUUCAACAUCUUAUUAGCUGCGAAAUGGCACCAGCUUAAACGCGAGGCCGCUAACACAUCCAACCUGCUGAUCCCCUGGGAGCUCCGCAUCAAGGAGAUCGAAUCCCACUUCGGCUCCGUGGUGGCUUCCUACUUCACGUUCCUGCGCUGGUUGUUCUGGGUCAACCUGGUCAUUGGCUUCAUAUUGCUGGUCUUCGUUAUAGUUCCCGAGUAUCUAACUGCUAACAAGAAUGAAGAUGGUGAAAGAAAGAGGAUAACCGAUGAAGAAAAGAAGAAUGCAACUAAUCUGCUCACUCUUUGGGAGUUCGAGGGGUUCCUGAGGGUGUCACCAAUUUUUUAUGGGUACUACAGUAGCAUAGAACGUUCACAAUAUAGAAUGCCUUUAGCAUAUUUCCUCACUGGCGUUGUGGUGUACAUCUAUGCAUUCGUCGCCAUAUUGAGGAAAAUGGCCGAAAACUCUCGAAUGUCAAAACUCUCGGAGAAGGAAGACGAAUGCAUAUUCUCGUGGAAACUGUUCACCGGUUGGGACUUCAUGAUAGGCAACACAGAGACAGCUCAGAACCGGACGGCAUCCGUCAUUCUCGGGUUUAAGGAAGCUCUUUUAGAAGAAGCUGAGAAGAAGAAGGAUGUUAGAAACUGGCGUAUAAUCGCCCGUCGCGUGUUCGUCAACCUGGCUGUGCUUAUUCUCCUCGCCCUAUCCGUCUUCGCGGUCCUCGAGGUGGUGUCCAGCGACACCAAGAAAUCUGGGAGCUGGUGGCACGACAAUUCCACCACUAUCGUGGUCACCUGCGUGUCCCUAAUCUUCCCUGUGUUCUUUGAGCUGCUGGGGUAUAUGGAGAAGUAUCAUCCUAGGACACAGCUUCGAUGGCAAUUGUUUAGGAUCAUGUUGUUGAAUUUACUCAACUUAUUCUCUCUUAUAUUUGGCUUGUUCUACAAAAUCCAAGGUAUGUCUAAAGACUUGGAGUAUUUGAAACCAAACACAACUGUAGACCCUAAUAUAACCGCUAUUAACAGUACUUUUGAUGUAAACGACAUUAUUUUUAUAACAGAAGAGGUUAAUUGCUCAGACCUGACGAAACUGUGUUGGGAGACAAUGCUUGGGCAGGAGAUGGUGAAGCUUACUAUGAUGGAUUUGGUAUUCCUACUGCUUGGCACCUUGUUCAUGGACUUCUUCCGUGCUCUCUUCGUCCGCUACAUGAACCGCUGCUGGUGCUGGGACCUCGAGAAACGCUUCCCCGAGUACGGGGACUUCAAAAUAGCCGAGAACAUUCUACAUUUAAUCAACAACCAGGGCCAAGUGUGGAUGGGCAUGUUCUUCUCUCCCGGUCUCGUUUUGUUAAACGUCUUCAAACUUAUGAUCAUGAUGUAUUUACGAUCCUGGGCUGUCAUGACCUGCAAUGUACCUCAUGAAGUGGUCUUCAGGGUUUCCAAGAGCAACAAUUUUUAUCUAGGAUUAUUAUUAACUAUGCUGUUCCUUUGCGUUCUGCCAGUAGGCUAUUCUAUAGUCUGGGUCAGGCCGUCAUGGCAUUGUGGUCCGUUUUCUGAAUACGGAAGGAUAUAUGAGAUAGUUACCAAAAACCUUGCCAAACUAUUACCCCCUUCGCUGAACUUUGCUGUUAAAUACAUAGCAUCACCCGCUAUAGUAAUACCUUUGCUUGUUUUACUAAUACUUAUUAUUUAUUAUUUGAUAUCGCUUACAAACUCACUUAGGGAAGCGAAUAAUGAUUUAAAGAUUCAACUACGCCGAGAGCGGACAGAAGAGAGACGAAAGAUGUUCCAACUGGCCGACACCAGACGAAGAGGGACAGCCAUGGACAACACCCCCUUUGCCAGGUGGAAGAAAGCGCUGCCAGGUUUCCCACUUGGCAAAUCUAUCGACUCGGAUGACAGGAAGACGGUCACUGAAGAUGAUGGGAAAACACCUGUUAAACCGCUGAAGAAGAAAGCGAACAUCUUCGCCAAAAUCGUCGGGCAAGCAGUUGAUAAGAAAUCAGAUCUCUCCGAAAUUGAUAACGACCCGUCCAUCUCCCCUAACAACGGUGAUGAGACUGACACAGACUUCCACGAAACUCUACCAAGAGAUGUACUGAAAGCUAAAGAUAUAACUAUAACUAAAACUGACAAGAAGAUUGUAGAAUUCAAAACGCAAGAGAGCGACGAAAAUAAAUUAAAAGUUAAAGUUGAUAAAGAAGAUGAUACAGACAAAGCUGCCGUUGAACAUAGAAAUAAUGAAACCAAAUCACGCUUUGUUACCACAAAAGUAGAUGAAAUCAAUGAGAAGGCAAGCAAGAAAGACGCAUUAGAAAGAAAACAGUCUGAAGUCUCCGUGAUUCCUGUUAUAACUAUAAGCACAACGGAAAGCGACGAAGACUUGAAACGAGAACAGAAAAAGGUUCAGAAGGAGUCAAGUAAAAAACAGCCAGAUUUAAGGUCGCUUAGAAGACAAAGCAGCGUCGACAGCGUGAAAGAGAAGACUGAAAAGAAGAAACCAGAGGAUGGACAUAAAUAUCAAUAUUCUCUUUAACAUAUUUCCCAUAAUCAUCUAUAAUCAGCUGACGUAUGCUUCCAAUUUUAUCACUUAUCCACGUGGAUAAAGCAUCCGUCACGCUUUAGCAAGUAUGUCAGUGUGAGAGUGACAGAUGUGUUAUCCACGUGGAUAAGUGAUAAAAUUGGCAGCAUGAUACGCCGGCUGGGCUAUUUUUUUUUCCAAAGUUGUCCACCCCACAUUUUUUGUAACAUGGGUAUUAUAGAUAUUCAUACUUAGUUUACUCAUACUUACUCAUACUUACCUUACUUACCUUCCAUUCCGUUACCGCCACAAAUGUAUGAAAAAAUGGUA